CAGGAGCUGCCCAGAGAAACCAUUCUGGCAACCUGGGAAGGCAACGACAACACUUUGACCAGCGACAUGAGAGGGGGAGUUAAUGGUCUGACCAGGAAACUUCUGCAUGAGUCGGGAAAACUUCAUUUCAAAGAUGGUCUGCUAUACCAGCUAUAAACCAGUCAAAGGAGUCAACUUGUCCUGCCCAACCAGUAUUGGUCCUGAAACACCUCCAUGAUGACAUGGGUCAUAUGGGGACAGAGAAGGUCUUGGGCCUAGCUAGAGAUCGUGUGACGUCCAUGAAAUGUAGAGAACCCGUGGAGGUUUUCUUCUUGAGAAGCAGCCAUGAUCAGCCGCAACUUCAAGAAUGUUUUGGUGGUUUCUAUCGGGUUCCUGUCUCUGUUCACAGCGUAUGGAGGCCUGCAGAGUUUACAGAGCAGUCUGAAUGCAGAGGAGGGGAUGGGUGUAGCGUCUCUGAGUGUCAUCUACGCCUCCAUCAUCAUCUCCUCUAUGUUCCUGCCUCCAAUUAUGAUCAAGAAUCUGGGCUGUAAAUGGACCAUCGUUGCCGGCAUGGCCUGCUACGUGUCCUACUCCUUUGGAAACCUGUACCCCGGAUGGUACACCCUCAUGCCCACUUCGGUGAUUCUGGGUUUGGGUGGUUCUCCUCUGUGGUCGGCUAAAUGCACCUACCUGACCAUCGCCGGCAAUUCUCAGGCUGCCAAGGAUGGAAAGAAGGGCUCUGACGUCAUCAACCAAUAUUUUGGCAUCUUCUUUUUCAUCUUUCAGUCGUCUGCUGUGUGGGGAAACCUCAUGUCGUCGCUCAUCUUUGGGCAGGACGCCAAUAUAGUUGACAUCCCAGAGGAGCAGCUGCAGACCUGUGGAACGGCCGAUUGUGGCCUCAGCAUCAACAGCAGCAGCAACAGCACCACCACGAGACCUGAGCAGAAACUAGUGUGGACGCUCGUCGGAUGCUACAUCGGCGUGGGUGUGCUGGCCAUGCUCAUCGUGGCGGUGUUUCUAGACAACAUUGACCGUAAUACGACGAGUGAGUUUCGUGGGAACCGGGAACCGUUCUGGCACACGUUCCUGGCCACGUUUAGACUGCUGAAGGACUGGAGGCUGGUCACCCUCAUCCCUCUCACCAUGUACAGUGGUUUUGAACAGAGCUUCCUCUCCGGGGAGUACACCAAGAACUAUGUGACUUGUGCUCUGGGGAUCCAUUUCGUCGGCUACGUGAUGAUGUGUUUCGGAGCCACCAAUUCUCUCUGCUCGUUUCUCUUCGGGAGACUCGCUCGGUACACGGGGAGAGCCGCGCUCUUCUUUCUGGCUGCUCUCACCAACUUUGCGUGUAUCAUCGCUCUCUUGUACUGGAGACCUCAUCCCAACCAGCUUGGCGUCUUCUUCGUCUUUCCCGCUCUGUGGGGUAUGGCGGACGCUAUCUGGCAAACUCAGACCAACGCUCUUUACGGCGUCCUUUUCCCCCGGGAAAAAGAGGCGGCAUUCGCCAACUACCGCAUGUGGGAGUCGCUCGGCUUCGUCAUCGCCUUCGCCUACAGCACCUUCUUGUGCCUGGAAUACAAACUGUACAUCCUGCUGGCCGUCCUGGUGCUGACAGUUAUCACUUACCCCAUCGUGGAGUACCGCGAACACAAGAAUCCCACGCUGCCCGUGAUCGACGGGACCAGCGACGACUCCGAGAAAGCCUACGAAAAAGGACAAGAGGAGGACGAGAAGAACGUCAUUCGUCAGACACAAAUGUAGAGACUGAAUUUUAAAAAAGGUUUUUCUGUUGGAUUUUUUUCACAUCCUGAUCCGCCGAAUUAAAUAAAUAACGCGACACAGAAUGACGUAAAAUGAAAUAAAACAAUCACACGAGAUGUUUCGGGAUCAGUUUGCACACAGACAAAUGUACGUUCUGACUUACGUACACGUAACUUCUGGAUGUGGUUAUCAAACCGACAGAUUUUUACAGCUACAAAGCAGCGUUGUUUCAUGUCUGUACUGCAAGUUACAGUUGAGUAGAAAUGUCAGUUACGGUCUGUAACUAGCUGGAAUUAUAUUACUUUAAAUUUUAAGAGGCUGAAAACUGUGAAAUGCAAAAUAAAUGUGUUAAUGU